AUGAAACUAAAGCAAUCAUCAACAUCUCACUGGUACGAAACAUGUGGAGAAGCCUUUUUUACACAAUUACUCAUUCCCUUCCUCCAUAAUCCAUCUCAAGAAUUAAAAUCACUCUCACAAACCUGCCAAUUUAUUUAUCAAACCUACUCUCAACAUUUUGAUAAUUAUUGGAAACGUUUACUAUUAAACAAAUAUUGUGAUUUUCAGAAAGGAACAUUAGACAGUGAAAAAUUGAAAGGAAAAUUAAUGAUGCUCUAUUAUCAAUUGGAAUAUUUUGAAAAUCAUUUGGAAAAACUUCCAGAAUCUUUGAUAUCUACUUCUGGUCCUAUCGGAACGGAUUCAAAAUAUGGAGUUUAUAGACCAUGUUUUAUUUCUUCAUCUUCUUAUGGAUAUGGUUAUGGACAAGGAUUCUGUACCAUGUUGACCAGUUCAUUCUUUUCAGAGGAUUAUGAUCCAAGAAUUUCCAUUGAUGAUUAUUCUUAUAAUUUGGAAAUGGACGAUUUAUUAAUUCAAAGAAGAAAUAUUUCACUAUUUCCUGCAGUAGUCUAUGAAGAAUACUCUGCUCUUGUGGAUAGUUAUAUUCAAAGGAGUGAUGGAAUAAUUUUCACAUUGGUUUUCUAUAGAGAAUUUCAUCCAUUCAAUGUAAAAGCGGAAAUGGAAUCUUUUAGUGGUUUCUACAAGAGAGUGGCCAAUGAUUCAGAUUUAUUAAAUAGAUACAUCUUUACUAUUGCAAUGCACUUUAAAGAAAAUAUUCCAGAAAGUGAAAGAAAUGAUCUUGAGGAAGAAUUGAGAAAGUAUAUUGCGGAGAAUUAUUGUUUUAAAAAUUAUUUAAUUAUCAAAUGUAAUCUUUCUAAUAGAGAGCAGGUUCUGAAAACAGUUAGAGAAACUGUGAAAAGAUACAGAUGUAUUAAUGUCAAUCUAUUCUUGAAACAUUUUAUGAAAUCAGAAAAAAAGUGCCUUCUCAUGUAA